UUUUUAAUAUUUAGCUUCACUCUCCUGAAUAACAAAAAUUAGGCAGUAAGCAGUGAGCUAUGUAACAUUACGCUAAAGCUUAUUUUUUGUCCUUUAAGAGCCACAAUGCAUAUACUACUUGGAACAAAGCAGCCGUUAAAAAACAAUUCAUUUUUUGAACCAAACGCAGAAUGAAACAUGAUCAAAUUGCAUGUUUUUGGAGUAUAAAAAAUCUCUGUACUCCAUUUUUAAUGCGGAUUCUCAUCAUUUUACCUCUUGAUUCAUGUCUUAACUCAUUUUCGACGACUCUAUUGAUCUUUCUGCGGUUUAACCAACUUUGUUUUGUUGACGCAUUCAAAGACAUAAACUCGUUUGGAGCAUAAACUCAUCAGAAUUAGUUUUUUGAGUUAUUAAAAAGCGUUUAUUGUGAAUUUAACUUGCACACAAACGUAUGCAAAAAUAAAAUUUAAAGAAACGCUUUUGAAACUGAUAUUAUGUACAGUAUAAUUCUGUUUCUGUACAAAUUUAACGUUGAUUUUUUUAUUUGAUUGAUUUUUGCCGAACGUUGCAAAGUUAGUCCAUUUUCACUACACAAGCUCCUGAACUCUAAUUACCCAUAGUUGGCUAAUCUGAUGGAGCUGAAUACAAGUCACACUUCAAUGAAGGGCUCUAGCUCACCUUCACAAAUUACUGCAGUUAUUUCUAAUGAAGAAAUCCCAACCUGCUUUUACAAGACCUUGACCUUUUCCGUGACCUUAGACGAGCCAUCAUCAUUCAUGUCAUUUAUCUCCAUCACGCCUCCCCCUCACAGCUUUAACUUCUCCAAAUCGUUGAGUGACCUUGUAGCCUAUAAAUCAGAUGGAGAUCAAACGUUAACAUGCUAUUUUAUUUUCCGAGGCGAAAAUUACCUGUGGCGUUUGUUAGAGUUACAGAUAGCUUUUCACCCGACAUCAAAUCUACUACCAAAAUGGGUCGACAUUAUCGAAAAGUACUUAUCGAAGUACUUCAGACCGAAAAGCCUACUGUUUGUAAUCAAUCCAAAGGCUGGAAAUAAUUCGGCCAAAAAGCAUUUUGCUCUCGAAAUUGAGCCCAUUUUGAGGAAAUUGAACAUAAAAUACGAAGUUCACUACACGAAAUGCCGAGGAGACGCCACUGAAGUUGGUCGGGGAAUUUCGGAAUCGGAUCUAGACGGGAUUGUGUCAUUGAGCGGCGACGGAACAUUCAACGAGCUCGUGCUCGGGAUCUUGAGCUCGGAAAACAACACGCAGAUUGUCCCGAACAGCAUACCGGUGGCAGCUAUUCCUUGUGGAACGGCCAACACUUUUUCAUACUCAAUGCACGGAACGGACGAUAAGGAGACAGCUUUACUUCACAUUCUAAUCGGCGACAUCAAAAAAGUUGACAUCAUGUCUGUCAAAAACAUAAACGAGAAGCUUCUGGGCGUCUCGCUAACAAUGAUAGCUUUCGGAUUCUUCGCCGAUGCGAUACGAGACGGCGAGGGCUACAAAAAAUGGUUGCCGGGAACACUGGCUUACUCAGCCGCGUUUAUGAAAUACAUCAUGAAAAUGAACAAGUAUAGAUGUUCAAUUGCACUCCAAAAAACUCAGUCAUAUCCGUACGAACCAAUCACAUGCAAACACGACUGCCCGACUUGCAACUCGGAUCCACCGGAAAACGAAGUGGAACGCGUAGAAAGUCACGAGCCGAAGAUAUUUGGAAUCCAGUUGCAUAAUCACACUAGUAAGUGCGAGAUGUCUCCGCGAGGCGCUUCCGCUUUCGGUUGUUUCGGCAACGGGUCAAUGGACUGUCACAUAAUGCGCGAUGUCACAAGGAGUGAAGUUGGCGAAAUGCUGAAAGAAGUCGGCAAGAAAGCCCACGAAAACCCAAAAGAUGAGUUCGAUUUUAUUGAAAACAUGCGUGUGAACAAAAUCCUUAUUUCCAAUUUUGGAAGUGAAUCCGAAACUGGUAAAAGUGGAUUCAUUUUGGACGGGGAAUUCAUCGAACAGGAACCAAUUGAAAUUCAAUGUCACCAGAAAGUUCUGACGUAUUUUGGACGUGGCCUAGAGCUGGAUUUUGGAACAGAAUCCGAACCUCUAUUGGACAAGCAGAUUCAGCAGUCUAGAAAUGUAUGCAGCAGCUGCAGCAUUCAGUAGCCCAGAAGAUUGAAGUUAUUUUGUACAAAAAUAGAUAUUGCAGAUCAACUUUGCCUCCAGAAAAUAACUCAGAACUCAAGCUUUGAUAUGAAUUUGUUAAAAAAUAAUUUCUUCUUCAUAGAUUUAAUUUACGGUCGGUCAGUACAGGAACGGCCUUUUCUUCAAACUUUACCCAAUAUUUGAAAUCAAACUUCAUCAAUAAAUAGAAACAAGUUCAACGCUUUAGAUCGGUAUUAAAAUAAAAGAGUUAGGGGUUGUCUGGUCAGUCUACGAAAAGUUCAUUAGCUGCUGGUACCCAUUGUCAACUAAAAUCUUGAAGACACUUAUCUUUCAAAAAAAUCAGAAUUUGAAUUACAGUAUAGCCGCAAAUUAGCAAAGAAAACGGGUAAAUUUAAUUACAGAUACAAUAAGAAAACAGAAAAGCUUUAAAAGUUGUUC